CGUAAAGGCUGUUUAUUUUUGGGUUUUCAUUCGUCCUAGAAGGUUUUUUCUCGAGUAAUGUGCUUCCUGGUCGCGUCGGACUGUACAUCGUGUUUGAAAAUCAGUUGACGAAGCAGCAAUGACCACGGAAACGAAAAUGAGCAGUUCUGAGGAGGUAUCCUGGAUUUCGUGGUUUUGUAAUCUUAGGGGCAAUGAAUUUUUUUGUGAGGUUGAUGAAGAUUACAUUCAGGAUAAGUUUAAUUUAACUGGACUGAACGAGCAAGUACCACAUUAUAGGCAAGCAUUAGAUAUGAUUCUUGAUCUUGAACCUGCGGUUUUAUUUUCUAUAGAUGAUGAAUUAGAUGGUCAUCCAAAUCAGUCUGAAUUAAUUGAACAGGCAGCAGAAUUACUUUUUGGACUGAUUCAUGCACGUUAUAUUCUUACUAAUCGUGGUAUUGCUCAGAUGAUUGAAAAGUAUCAAGCUGGUGACUUUGGUCAUUGCCCACGUGUGUAUUGUGAAUCCCAACCCAUGUUGCCAUUGGGUCUUAGUGAUGUUCCUGGAGAAGCAAUGGUAAAAAGUUAUUGCCCUAAAUGUAUGGAUGUAUAUACACCAAAAAGCUCCCGGCAUCAUCACACUGAUGGAGCAUACUUUGGAACAGGAUUUCCUCAUAUGCUUUUCAUGGUUCAUCCAGAGUAUAGACCCAAACGUCCAAUAAAUCAAUUUGUACCUAGGUUAUAUGGCUUUAAAAUUCAUCAUCUAGCAUAUCAGUUCCAACAACAGUCUGCAUCAACAUUUAAAACACCAUUGCGAGCUGUUAAUUAUAAUAAUGGGAAACGUUAAGAACAUUGCAACAUAGUCUAGAACAUUUAUUCAUUAUUCAAAAUACAAUUCCUAAUUUCGUCCCUAAGGAUUAAAUAAAAUAUUAUUUUUUAUAUUGAUCUUUACACAUCUUAGCAAGGCGCUGAAAUACCAGUUGUUUUGUUUAAUCAUUUAUUAAUUGCGAGAUGCAACACUCGAUGCUUUUCGGAUUUUUUCCACGGUAUUUAUAGUGUACCGAAAAGAUUUAAGAGUGAAGUACCAAAUUAUUAAUGUUCACCAAGCGCCAUGCU